UUGUCGCGUAUGUCAUUAUUGGUCUGAUGUAAUAAACGUCUUUAAUUUUACUAUUUGGGUUAUCUCGUUAAAACUUACCUAGCUUCGCAUAUCUUUACAGUUUCGUAUAUACUUAAGGUGCAGUAAAUAUAAUAAAGAUAAACGGCGCGGCACGCGGCGGUUUUUUGAAAAUUAUCAGAAAUUAUAGGACCCGACUUUCCCCUAUAUCAUUAUAAGCAAUAAUAUUUAAUUCGUUCUAAAUUUAUUUACUAAUCGAAUAGUAGUCGAAAAUCAUAGUAAAAUAUAAUUGCACAUUUUUUAAUACCAGAUAAUUGUGCUGUAUAUAAACGAAGUCUUUAUCUCUAGUUUCUGAUAGUGCUGCACUACUCGAGGUAGGCGACAGUUAAAUAAAAAGUAACUCCCUAUAUUUAUAUUUUUAUUAAUUUAGUAGAUACUUCAAGUAGCGGCGUAGUAUAGAGUAUUUCUUCUGUGUUUAUAAAAUCUAAUAUUAUACAUAUAGAUUUGAUUUAGGAUAAGUUAAAACCAAUAUGUUGCAAUUAAUAUUAGCAGCUGUUGUGAUCGGAGCUUUGUUUUACUACUUCGUAAUUAAGGCUGGAAGCUUUUGGACGGAAAGAGGUGUAAAACAGACCAAGCAAUCAUGGAUACCUGGAGAUAACUGGAACGUGAUUCUUCUAAGGCAGGCUUUCACAGAUAUGGUUGUCGAUAUAUACAACUCAGCACCUGAAGCAAGGUAUAUUGGUAUAUAUCAGUUUAAUUUCCCAACAUUACUGAUAAGAGAUGUAAAGCUAGUCAAACAAUUAGGAGUAAAGGAUUUUGAUCACUUUUCGGAUCAUCGCCCUAUCCUCCCGGAGAAAUGUGAUCCCCUAUGGAGUAGAAAUUUGUUCGCUCUUACGGGACAAAGAUGGAAGGACAUGCGUCCAGUUCUUAGCCCAUCGUUCACAAGCAGCAAAAUGAAAAUUAUGUUUUCGCUGAUGUCCCAAUGUGGCGACAAUUUGGUCAAAUUCUUUAUGGAAAAUGACAAGAAUACUAUAGAAAUUGAAAUGAAAGACAUAUUUACUCGUUUCACUAAUGACGUCAUCGCCACCACAGCUUUUGGAGUAGAGGUCGAUUCUUUGAGGAAACCAGAAAACGAAUUCUAUCUUAUGGGAAAGGAAACAACCGAUUUAUCUGGUUUCUGGAAAAGUAUGAAGUUUUUUGGAUAUUCGAUUAUGCCAAAAGUAUUUGAGUUAUUCAAACUGAAAAUAUUUGAUAACCACGUUCGAAAGUUUUUUACUGAAUUAGUUUGUGACACGAUAAAAGUCAGAGAAGAGAAAGGAAUUCUUCGUCCUGAUUUGAUUCAUCUACUCAUGGAGGCAAGAAAAGGAAUCCACCAAAACGAAGAAAAGGUUAUGGAUGCUGGAUUUGCUGUAGUACAAGAAUCGAAUUUGGCAAAAGCAGUUCCGACUAACAUGACCGACUUGGAUAUUACCGCUCAAGCACUGAUUUUCUUCUUUGCUGGCUUUGAUACGGUUUCGACAGCUAUGUGCUUUAUGGCCUAUGAGUUAGCUUGUAAUCCUGACAUACAAGAAAAAGCACGGGUAGAGAUACGUAAAACCCUUGAAGAGUCUGGUGGAAAACUAACAUAUGACGCUGUGUUGAAAAUGAAGUAUCUGGAUAUGGUAUUAUCAGAAACAUUGAGGAAAUGGCCAUCAGCUGCAUCUAUCGAUAGAAUGUGCACCAAACCAUACGUACUCGAACCAGAAAGACCCGAUGAAAAGCCCAUCCACUUUGACAAAGGCAUGGUGGUCUGGUUCCCUAUUUACGCCAUCCAUCGUGAUCCUAAAUACUGGCCAGAUCCAGAACGGUUUGACCCUGAAAGAUUCAGCGACGAAAAUAAAGGAAAGAUUAAUACUUACGCUUACCUUCCAUUCGGAACAGGCCCUAGGAAUUGCAUCGGUUCCAGAUUUGCUUUAUUAGAAAUCAAAAUACUGAUUUCCCAUUUGUUAUCCAAUUUUGAGAUUGUACCUGGACCCAAGACGGAUAUUCCUUUAAAAAUUUCGAAGAAACAAUUCAGUUUGACUGCAGAAAAUGGCUUUUGGGUCAACUUAAAGAAGCUGAAGAACUAGACUUUUGUCAAAACCAAUAUGUUGCAAUUAAUAUUAGCAGCUGUUGUGAUAGGAGCUUUAUUUUACUACUUCGUAAUUAAGGCUGGAAGCUUUUGGACGGAAAGAGGUGUAAACCAGACCAAGCAAUCAUGGAUACCUGGAGAUAACUGGGGCGUGAUUCUUCAAAGGCAGACUUUCACAGAUAUGGUCGUUGAGGCAUACAACGCAGCACCUGAAGCAAGUAGGUAUAUUGGAAUAUAUCAGUUUACUUCCCCGACACUUCUGAUAAGAGACGUGAACCUAAUUAAACAAAUCGGAGUAAAAGAUUUUGAUCACUUCAUGGACCACCGUCCUUUCCUCCCGGAGAAAGCUGAUCCCUUAUGGAGUAAAAAUUUGUUCGCACUUACAGGGCAAAGAUGGAAGGAUAUGCGACCAAUUCUGAGCCCAUCGUUCACAGGCAGCAAAAUGAAAUCGAUGUUUUUGCUGAUGUCCCAAUGUGGCGAAAAUUUGGCCAAAUUCUUUAUGGAAAAAGACAAGAAUACGAUAGAAAUUGAAAUGAAAGACGCAUUUACUCGUUUCACCAAUGACGUCAUCGCCACCACAGCUUUUGGAUUAGAGGUUGAUUCUUUGAGGAAACCAGAAAACGAAUUCUAUCUUAUGGGAAAAGAGGCAACCGAUUUCUCUGGUUUCUGGAAAGGUAUGAAGUUCCUUGGAUAUUCGAUUAUGCCAAAAAUAUUUGAGGUAUUAAAAGUGAAAAUAUUUGAUAACCACGUUCGAAAGUUUUUUACUGAAUUAAUUGGUGAAACAAUAAGAGUCAGAGAAGAGAAAGGAAUUCUUCGUCCUGAUUUGAUUCAUCUACUCAUGGAGGCAAGAAAAGGAAACCACCAAAAAGAAGAAAAGGUUAUUGAUGCUGGAUUUGCUGUAGUACAAGAAGCGAAUUUGGAAAAAGCAGUUCCGACUCAAAUGACCGACUUGGAUAUUACAGCUCAAGCACUGAUUUUCUUCUUUGCUGGCUUUGACACAGUUUCGUCAAUUAUGUGCUUUAUGUCCUAUGAGUUAGCUUUAAAUCCUGACAUACAAACGAAAGUACGGGAAGAAAUACGUAAAACCCUUGAAGAGUCUGGUGGAAAAGUAACUUACGAAGCUGUGCUCAAAAUGAAGUAUCUGGAUAUGGUAUUAUCAGAAUCAUUGAGAAAAUGGCCAUCAACAGGAGCUGUUGAUAGAAUGUGCACCAAACCAUACAUACUCCAACCAGAAAGACCCGAUGAGAAGCCCAUCCACUUCGACAAAGGCAUGGUCGUCUGGUUCCCUAUUUUUGCCAUCCAUCGUGAUCCCAAAUACUGGCCAGACCCAGAACGGUUUGAUCCUGAAAGAUUCAGCGAUGAAAACAAAAGAAACAUCAAUCCAUCUGCUUAUCUUCUAUUUGGAGUCGGCCCCAGAAACUGCAUCGGUUCCAGAUUUGCUUUAUUAGAAAUCAAAAUACUGAUUUGUCAUAUAUUAGCCAAUUUUGAGAUUGUCCCUGGACCAAAGACGGAAAUUCCUAUAAAAAUUUCAAAAAAACAAUUCAGUAUGAAUGCAGAAAAUGGUUUUUGGGUCAACUUAAAGAAGCUGAAGAAUUAGACUUUUGUAAAUAGGAAAAUACAUUAAAAUAUGUUUGA